AUGGACAACGUAGAUAGGAAAGCGGACGGAUCUUCGCCCGCUAGCCAGUCUAGAGCGACCGUGGCGACAACAGCAAAAGAGCCGAAACCAGGGUUCCAGCAGCCGUUCGCCCGUGAGGACGCCCAUAAGCUCCUUUCGCGGGCCAAGCUAGAGGCCCUGCUCGAAGAGGUGGCGCCCGGUGAGCGCCUGGACGACGACGUUGUGGCUCUCUUGCAAGAGCACAUAGAGGACUUUGUGGAGAGUGCACUCGACUACGCAUGUCGUCUGGCGAAACACCGCAAGAGUCGGACGAUUGAAGCGCGGGACGUGCAGCUGUACCUGCAAAAGGCCUGGUGUCAGCGCGUGCCUGGCUAUGGAGUUGAAGAGCGUGUUCGAAGACGAAGUGAGGUGCCGGCGCAUGUCAAGCGAAUGGCAGAGGCGCGCAAACAACGGAACAUUUACGCUUCAAGUCGUUGA